CCUUUGAGUCUUUCUCGCUCAGCUGUGAUGCUGACGCCGUUAGAGCCGCUCCCGGGACGGUUCCGACCCGUUGGCGAGGAUCAGGACUCUGACUUGGGUCACCGAAGCUAAAGAAAAGCCUGUUAGCCUGUAUGCUAACCGCUAGUGGCAGCGCGACAGCUGCUUUACGGCAAACAGCUGAUCAGUCCGGAAGUGACCGAGACAGAAAGUGCGCAUCAGAAAAUCCGCGAGGCUCCGAGUGAUAGGUACCUGAUCAAUAACUGAUCCAGUGCACAUAUUCAAUCAGAGAUGAGCUGCGCAGGCGCAGAACUAAGGAUUCUGUUCAGUCCGGGGCGCGUGCAGCUUGUUCAGCACGGCUCAGCCAACCUGAGCAGCAGCAGCAGGCAGGUGUGCUAAGGUGUCCAACAUGUCCCCGAUCAGAAGACUCAGAGCUGCUGAGGGUGACGACACACCGGCAGAAGAGCCAAACCUCUUCACCUGUUUUGAGGCUACACCACCAGUGGCGGCUACACCCCCCGACUGGCCACAGCAGCCUCACCCUGAGGAGUUGCUGGUGGGGGCGCCACGCGUCCUGGUUACCGGGGCAACAGGCCUCCUGGGGCGAGCGGUGUGCCGAGAGUUUCACAGCGCCGGAUGGACCGUCACUGGGACGGGAUACAGGAGAGCCAGGCUCCGCCUUCUGCGCUGUGACCUCACAGACGAGGACGCCGUCAGAGGACUGCUACACGAAUACAAGCCUGAUGUGAUCGUCCACUGUGCGGCCGAGAGGCGUCCAGAUGUUAUGGAGAGACACACGGAAGCAGCUGUUAAUCUGAACGUGCACGCCACGAGCACGCUCGCCAAGGAGGCAGCCACCUGCGGGGCGCUCUUCCUCUACAUCAGCACCGACUACGUGUUUGACGGCAGGAAUCCUCCGUACGGUGAGGACGACAGUCCAAACCCGCUCAACGUUUAUGGGCGGAGCAAACUGGAGGGGGAGAGGGAGACGCUGCGCCACUGUCCAGGUGCGGUGGUACUGCGGGUGCCCGUUCUGUUUGGGGAGGUGGAGUCGGUGACGGAGAGCGUGGUGACGUCGUUGUACCUGAAGGUUCAGGAGGCGUCAGAGGAGAGCUGCACGCUGGAUCACGUCUUGCAGAGAUUCCCCACUGACGCCCGAGACGUCGCUGCCGUCUGCAGGAAGCUGUCUGAGAGAGCACGACAGGACCCGUCCAUCAGAGGAAUCUUUCACUUCUCUGGGAAAGAGCAGAUGACUAAAUAUGAAAUGGCGGUCGCCAUCGCUCAGGCCUUCAACCUGCCGUCCGGCCACCUCAUACCUCUGACCGAGCAGCCGGCGGCGUCGGCUCUUCGUCCAAUCAACAGUCAGUUAAACUGUUGUCGUCUGGAGCUGCUGAACCUGAGCGUGGAACCGCGACCUUUCACCUCCGCCAUUAUCGACUGUCUGUGGCCGUUCACGCCCGACAAACGCUGGAGACAGACCGUCUUCCACUGAGACGACUGGAUUAGCAGCGAGCCGGAUGUACAGAUUAUUUAGUCUUUGUGCCCCAAGUCCUGUCUGCAAGCUCUGCACUGCUGAUAGUAUUAACAGGUCAUAGUCCUGCACCAGAUUAUACUCGGACGUUACCAGAUUACAGUCAGAAUAAUGUUCUGGGUUGAGUGUUGUUAAUCCCUAAUUGUUCAUGUCUUGUGUCAGUGUUUGCAUAGAUUCACUUUAUAUCAGUGUGAAGAAGCUGAGUGUGCUCUGUAAGAUUCACACUACACUUCAGUGUGUUCUGACAACAAAAUGUUACAUAUUAUAUCACCACCUCCAAUCUUCACUCUAAUCUGGAAUUUAUUGGGUUAGUCCAGACGCUGUUAGUUUAACCUGGUCUCUGUUAGUUUAAUCUGGACUCCUUUAGUUUAAUCUGGUCUCUGUUAGUUUAAUCUGGUCUCUGUUAGUUUAAUCUGGACUCCUUUAGUUUAACCUGGACUCCUUUAGUUUAAUCUGGACUCUGUUAGUUUAAUCUGGACUGUUAGU